CUCCCUCCACCUUCCCUUCUUCCACCGCCGAGCGCUCUCUCACGUUAUACUCCUUCUCACAGUGCGGGUUGGUUUCAGCAGUCGGAUGCUUGGUGGAACGCUUGCGAGACAAGCAAUCCGUUCCGGUCACUAUUGAAAAAGAGAAAGGGGUGGUGAUACAUGAAGAGACAUGGCUUCUAAAGAGAUAACUGCCUCUUGUUUUGUCAGUGUGAGCAGGGAUGUUACAGAGAGUAUCAGGAAGAUUAUUGACAAGUCCUCAACCAAGUUUAUACGUGGCAUAAAGCUUGAAACCAAAAAUGGCAAAUCAGAGGAUAGGAUACUGGUUCUCACAACAUGGAGGCUCUAUCUCCUGGUCACCAAGGUUCCAACAAAGAUAGAGGUAACAUUUAACUUCUUGGAGAUCCGAGCCAUGAACAGUCACCCAGAGCAUCAGGUCGUCAUAGACACGGACAAGUCCACUUAUUCCUUGUGGCUACAGUCACGUGACCACCUCAGUCAUGUGGUCAGCCAUGUUAACUUUGCCCUGUCCAGAAUAUUUAACAACUCUGUGUUUGCUCCCUCCAUCUGUCAUUCAGACAGUGAACUUUCUGAGGGAAGCAGGAAGCACUCCCCCAGCUCAGAGACGUCUAUGGAAACCCAGAGGGCCUGUGGAGGGUUUUCGGAGACCUACGCUGCCCUGUGUGACUAUAAUGGAAUCAGCUGCAAGGAGGAAGUGCAGUGGGAUGUGGACACUAUCUAUCACUCCCAAGACAACAGGGAGUUUAAUCUAGUGGACUUCAGCCACCUGGAAAGCAGGGACUUGGCAGUUAUUGUGGCAUCACUGGCGUACAAUACCUGGUUCACCAAACUAUACUGUAAGGACAUACGCAUAGGGUUAGAGGUCACUGAGCAGGUUCUGCACACUCUCAGUAAGUCCUCCAGUCUGGAAGAGAUCACUCUGGAGAAUGCUGGUCUCAAAUCUGACUUUCCUCAGAAGCUGUCAGUUGCGCUCUCAGAGAAUCCUGCUUCUGUCAUCCACUCUCUGAAUCUGGCCCACAACACACUGGACAACCAAGGUGUGGCUAACCUCAUCCAGCAAGUGUGUCGCCUCAGCAAAGGACUGCGUCUCCUCAACCUCUCCAAGACCUUCCUCAACUCCAAAGCUUUGGUGUCUCAGACUCUGUGCUACAGUGAUGAGUAUUCUAACUCUCUGCUGCACCUGGACCUGAGCAAGAACCCUGGGUUCCUGUCUGGGGAGGAUGCCUCGAAUCUGUGCCUGUUCCUGUCCCAGCCUAAUUGUCUGGUCCAUUUGGACCUGUCUGGCACUGACUGUUCUGUUGACUCGCUAUUUGGGGCUCUGCUGAGGGGUUGUUGUGCCGAUCUCUCCUACUUGAAUCUCUCCAAAAAUACCUUCUCCCACAGGAAAGUGAAGGAGAACCUGCCGUUGUUCUGUCAGUUCUUCAGCUCGGCCUUCAGUCUCACCCAUGUCAGCCUGGCCUCUAUGAAGCUGCCCCCUGAGGCCCUGAGGUCUCUUUUCAUCGGUCUGACCACAAACCCUCACAUCAAUGACCUACACCUGGACAUUAGUGGCUGUGAGCUGAAAUCUGCAGGAGCCUCUGUGAUCCAGGAGCUGUUCCCUAGGCUCUCCUCCAUCGCCACUCUGGACAUCUCAGACAACGGGCUGGAUGCAGACCUUCUCUCAGUUCUACCAGCUCUCUCCAGACACACCUCCCUAAAGCACCUGUAUCUGGGCAAGAACUUCAACAUCAAGAGCAGGGUGCUGGAGGAAAUCCUACACAAGCUGGUCCAACUCAUACAGGAGGAGGAAUGUGCCCUCCAGUCCCUCUCACUGGCUGACUCGCGGCUGCGUUCUCGGGGCACAGUGCUGGUAAACGCUCUGGGCAGCAACACCUGUCUGCGAAAGGUGGACCUGAGUGGGAACAGCCUGGAGGACAUUGGAGCCAAGAUGCUGAGCAAAGCCCUACAGAUCAACACCACACUCAGGAGUGUGACGUGGGAUCGUAACAACACCUCAGCUACAGGAUUCCUGGAUGUGGCUCGAGCCCUUGAACAUAACUUCACCUUGCAGUACAUGCCCCUCCCCCUCAGUGACAUCAGCCAGGCGUACCGUAGUACCUCUGAGAGGACAGAGCAGGCACUGACCAAGAUCCAGCGUGCUCUGUUGCGGAACAACCAGACUCAGCGCUUCUCUCAGAGACAGGCUCUACGGCUGCACCAGGGCCUGGUCACCAGCACUGCUGAACAGGUGAUGGAGCGUCUGAGUGUGUGUGUGCAGCAGCAGGUGUGUGUGCUGCGUGGAGUAGGGGAGAUGGAGGAGAUUCAAGCUGCUAAACAGGUGCUGAAGGAGGCCAGAAACUCCCGUGCGCUGUACCCCUCUCUCUGUGAGCUAGCUCAUGUGCUGUCAGUAGACGGGCCAGUCAGACAGAGACUGGACCAAUUGGCAGGGGAACUGACCAGAGAAGCUGACAAGGAACUACAGGUGAUUGUUGAUUCCAUGGUGUCUCUCUGUCGUGAGUUGUGCCCGCUGUCCUCCUCUGCUGCGGAGAGAUUACGUCCUCAGCUCUCGUCUGUCUCGGAGCACGUCUCCAUCCCUCGCUCUGCCAUCCGCACAGCCUUGAUGGAGAGAGCAGCACAGGACAUUCACCGAGCGCUGGAGGAGGUGAAGCUCUCAGUGGUCUCCUAUCUCACCAACUCCAUUGUGGAUCAGAUCUUGCAGGAGCUCUACGCCACUCACAAGACUCUGACGCGGCGGGUGUCCCAGGUGAAGCGCUGGGAGGUAACAUGUGACGGAGGAACAGGUCUGAGGUCACACAGACACAGAGACUCUCUGGACCUCACAGAUGAUGAGAUGGGCACCAGUAUAGUGAGCAUUGACACAAUUGCCAUUAAGAAACGUAGCUCUAGAACUAGACGUAUUCGACCUGUCUCAACCAGGCUGAGCCAGUGUGAUGACUCCAGCUCCUCCACACCCCCCUCUGUGUCCUCUUCUUUCUCUUCUUUCUCGGCCCUCUCUCGCUCUACAUCCUGGGAGGGGCUGUCUGAGCUCCCUACCCAAGGUGCACCUCUCCAUCAUGUGACGCGGGUUAGGCCGAGGCCCCCACGGAGGCACCGAGCAGGACAUGCCCCCUCUGACACACAUUGCACUGAAAAUGGAGCUGUCACCCCUAUUGAUCAUGGACUCCCAGAUUUCUACACCAAGAGAGUGCUCCCUGAUAGUCAGUUGUCCUCUCUUCAUAAAGCCCACUCUCUCAGACGAAAGAAGAGACGCAAUAUGCUGGCCAUCUUUGGUUUUCGUAGGAACCGCAACUCAACGCUCUCCAAUCAGGGGCCAGAUUCUGGCGGAGACGGAUGUGGGGAAGAGUGUCGCACUGUCGCCAUGGCACCCACAGGGACAGCCACUGAGAAUGUCUACACGCUGCUGCAGCCCCCUCUUUCUGCUGCCAGGGCAGGCUCUCCUGGUGAGGGGGGGGAUGUGGAGGACCAGAGAUUGGAGGAGCCAGUGGGCCUGAGCCUGCAGCCAGUGCAGAGCAUACCACCACAGCCUGGCAUGCCAGGUAGCAGACACCCCUUCUACUCACUGAGCCAGCAAUCAGAGCUAGAAACCGAGCACGAGCAACCUGCAGAUAUAGACAGACAGGUGGACAAGCAGUGGACAGAGGGGAAUCACACAGUCAGAGAGAGGACAUUAAUAAGACCGGCUGACAGACAGGCUGAACAGCACUGGCCAGAGGACAAACUGUCAGACAAAACAUGGACAGAGGGAAGAACGGCAGAUAGACAGAUGGACAGAUAUUGGACGGAGAGCAGGCAUGCAGAUAGACACAUGGAAAGACAGUGGACAGUUGACAGACAGUUUGAUCAAGAUGGACAGUGGACAGGGAGCAGACAACAGACAGACAGAACGUGGGCAGAGGGUCGACCAAAAGACAUACAGAUAGACAGACAGUGGAUAGACAGCAGGCAGUCAGGCAGACAGACUGACAGACAAGACCAGGGACGACAUCUGGCUCAGAGACCUCUGCCCCCUUACCCAUCAGACAGGACUCCAUCACCUAAAAGUGAAACUGACUCUCAGAAAAACCUGGACAGACAGAAGUACUCUGACACACAGACGGACAGACACCUGCGCUCAGACACUGCUGUAGGACAGGUGGAAGGGUGGCGGGAUGGAGGAGGGGUUCCCCCUGGACGGGUUUCUACGAGUGCAUCUAAACCAGACCCUCCUUCCCAGAGCAGCAAACCCAAUCUGUCCAAACUGAGACAGAGACAUCUACAGGAGAGCUCUGAGGAGGAAGCAGGCAGAGAGAGGGAUGGUGGAAGAAUGGAAAGGAAAGAGAGAGACAGAGAUGCAGAGGGACAGCCUCCUCCCAUUCCUGAAAAGCCAAAGACAUCAUCCUAUGUGUCUUUUCCAAACGAGUAUGCCAAUGAAAGGCCGAUCCCGCCUCCUGCAUUCAGAAAACCAUUGCUGGGAUUGGCCUACAGGGCUGUCAGCCAAGGUGAGGAAGCAGUGAGGCCUCAAGCCCCCGUGAAACCCCAGAGGAACAGAAAGGCCAUGUCUUGUGACACAGGCACUGACAGGGAUAGCCCUAAUAAUCUUGAGAAGCCCUCAAAUCGCAAACCCCCGGUGAAAAAGCCUAGACUACCCCAGAACAGAAACAAAUCCUUGGACUAUCCUGACAGUGUCAACUUAGCGUCUGGUAACAACAAGCUGUUGUGAUGGCGAUGGAAUUCAGCUGCUUCAGACUGACCAGCCAGAGGGUUGUUGUGACAACUGGGCAGCAUUUUGUCCAAUGUGAAGAGGAGGGAGAUAGGAAGGAAAAUCUAGACUCUAGAGAGAGAGGGGACCCAGAUAGCGGGGGAGGGGAAGAUAAAUGGCUGAGAGUGCUAAAUGAUAAGGACAUCGCCAACCAUCACUUACCUACUGCAUUAUUAUUGGAACACACACGGCCUAUUACUAGUCUGUCUCUGUCUGUACCUUGCCUUCACUGUCUUUUCCUGACAUCUCAAUGAAAACCUGCUGAACUGUUUUGCAGCUAUUCAAAAUGGUAGUUUCUACUUUUGAACAUCAAAUUCACUGUUGUCUGCACUUAAAGAAUUGCCAAAACACUGUCAUGCUAUAUUGCCAAGGGGCCAAACAUUGGAACGUUGUUAUUAUCAUCAUUCAGAGUUGCACUUUACUUUGUAUUAUUCAUAUAUAUGUGGCUAAGCUGGACUAAAGAAAGGAAUUUUACUUUAUUCAAAUGUUAUGCAUUUUGACUGCUGUGAACAUUGAUUGCCAUGUUUGAAACUUAAAAAUGAGUUGUUGCUUAUUAUUAAAUGAAACUUGAUUAUUUCUAUCUAGUUCUGCUGUCACAGACUGAAAGGUAAUAUAUUUUAUAGAACAAUUCAAUUGAAAGAUUAUGUAUGAGUAUACUGUAUGAAUGAAUAAAAAUGCUGUACUGGAA